UCAUUUUAGUUCUUUGUAAAUAGGUUGUGUCUUUACAUUGAAUAUUCCGGCAAAAUUACAAAGAACAGCUGCCAGCUGUUUCAUUGGCUGAUACUCAGUUUUACAUGAGGUAAGCCAACUACACACGCAGAGAAUUAUAAGAAGUGGCUCCGGGGGUGUAGUGAUGUGUACCGUCAGCCUGUCGAACCGGAGACCUGGGCGGCCGAGUUUCUGUCACCAUGGCCACGGACACGGAGAAGACGGGCGGGAGGCACAACCCGCUGGAAACCGCCGGGCUUUGUUCGAGAAUGUUUCUGUGCUGGUUGACCCCGUUGCUGAAUCUUGGUCACAAACAGCAACUUGAUGAGAACAACAUCUAUGAGGUUCUUCCAGAAGAUCGCUGUGAAACUCUGGGAGAGGAGCUACAGAAAAUUUGGGAUCAUGAAGUGCGAAGGGCUGCAAAGCAACUUCAGACCCCAAAACUCACCAGAGUCCUCAUUAGGUGUUAUGGAAAACCCUAUGCACUCGCUGGGCUGUUCGUAUUUACACUGGAAGCUUUUAAGGUGAUCCAGCCUCUUCUUCUGGGGAAAAUAAUCCAGUACUUUGAGAAUUACGAUCCAGACGAUCAGAGGAGUUUGUACAUAGCGUAUGGUUACGCUGCAGCAUUGUCCAUCUCCUCCUUUGGUCUGGCCAUCCUCCAGCAUCUUUACUGCUGUAAUGUUCUAAGAAUUGGUAUGAAGAGUAGAGUGGCCAUGUGUCACAUGAUCUACAAAAAGGCUCUUCGUCUCAGCAGCGAGGCCAUGGGACGCACAACCACUGGACAGAUCGUGAACCUCCUUUCGAAUGACGUCAGUCAUUUUAACGAGAUUACACUCAAUCUGCACUACCUCUGGGUGGGACCUCUUCAAGCAGUGGUGAUCAUCGUCUUCCUCUGGUACGAGCUUGGACCCUCGUGUCUCACGGGCAUGGCCGUCAUUGCGCUCAUGAUGCCUCUACAGACGUGGUUUGGGAAACUCUUUGGCAUCUUUAGGACCAAAACUGCUGUACUCACUGACGGUAGAAUCCGUAUCAUGAAUGAAGUGGUGUCUGGCAUCAGGAUAAUAAAGAUGUAUGCUUGGGAAAAACCACUUUCAUCCCUGCUUACUGAAGUCCGAAGGAAAGAAAUCAGUCAGAUAUUGAAGAGCUCCUACCUACGAGGGCUCAACUUGGCUUCCUUCUUCGCCAGCAGCAAGAUCGCCGUCUUCAUUACCUUCACUGUCUAUGCUGUCCUGGGCAACCCCAUCACUGCCAGCAGCGUCUUCGUCACCGUGUCCCUCUAUGGUACAAUAAAACUCACGGUCACCCUGUUCUUCCCUCUGGCCAUUGAGAAGAUGUCUGAGAUUGUUGUGAGCAUCCACAGGAUUAAGAAUUUCCUCACACUGGAAGAAGUUGAGAGAAGAAACUUCGUGCAGCCCCUGGAGGAAAAAAAAGAAAGCUCUGUUGAGAUGGAGAAGCUGACCUGCUACUGGGAUAAGACACUGGACUCACCAUCUCUGCAGGAUGUUUCCGUAACAGCAAAAUCACAUCAACUUCUUGCUGUAAUUGGACCAGUGGGGGCUGGAAAGUCGUCCCUGCUGAGCGCCAUCCUGGGAGAGCUGCCUCGUGACACAGGGACGCUAACGGUGAAAGGUCAGCUGACCUACGCGUCCCAGCAGCCCUGGGUAUUCCCAGGAACACUCCGCAGCAACAUCCUGUUUGGGAGGGAACUGAAUCCCAAGAAGUACGAGAGAGUCCUCAGAGCCUGCGCUCUGAAGAGGGACCUGGAGCUGCUUCCAGAUGGAGAUCUGACCCUGAUCGGGGACCGAGGGGCCACACUCAGUGGGGGACAAAAAGCCCGAAUUAACCUGGCGAGGGCCGUGUAUCAGGAUGCAGAUAUUUACCUCCUGGAUGAUCCUUUAAGUGCCGUUGAUGCAGAAGUUGGAAAGCAUCUUUUUGAACAGUGCAUCUGUGGUUUGCUGAAGAACAAGUGUCGUAUCCUGGUCACACACCAGCUCCAGUACCUGAAAGCAGCUGACCAGAUUUUGGUCCUCAGGGAGGGUCACAUAAUGACUCAGGGAACCUACAACGAGCUACAGAGUUCAGGCCUGGAUGUGGUUUGUCUGCUGAGAAGUGAUGAUGAGCAAGAACGAGAUCCAGACAGACUGUCUCUGCACAGCCAACGGACAAAUUUCUCUCAGAGUUCACACUGUUCCAACAGCAACCUCCUGCCACCAGACAGCACGGACCAGCUUCCUGUUGAAACUGUUCGUGCCAUCGAAGAGGAGACUCGAGCUGAAGGAAAUGUUGGCGGCCAUGUUUAUCUGAAGUACUUUACUGCAGGCUGUAACCCACUGGGUUUAAUAGUUAUAGUCCUACUUAGUAUCAUAGCAGAGGCUGCAUACAUCCUGCAGGACUGGUGGCUGGUUUACUGGGCCCGAGAAGAGUUUUCCAACAGCACAGCUGCUGUCAUCAGGAAUGGAGUUAAUGUUACUCACUCAGAUGGAGAAUUUAAUCUCACCUUUUACCUCGGAAUUUACUCAGGUCUGACAGCAGCUGCCGUGGUCUUCGGUUAUGUCCGGAGUUUAAUCAUGUUUCACGGGUUGGUGAAAUCAGCUAAGACUCUUCACAACCGCAUGUUCAACGCUGUCCUCCGCACGCAUGUUCGCUUCUUCGACGUCAAUCCUAUCGGAAGAAUUCUAAACAGAUUCUCCAAAGACAUCGGACAAAUGGACUCCAUGCUGCCCACCACCAUCGUGGACUUCUAUCAGUUAUUUUUACAGAAUGGUGGCGUUGUGGCGGUGGCGGCAUCCGUCAUCCCUCUCAUCCUCGUCCCAGUUGUCCCCCUGCUUUUGUUCUUUCUUUACUUGAGACGCUACUAUCUCCAUACUUCCCGAGACAUCAAACGCCUCGAGGCAAUCAGUCGGAGUCCCAUCUUCUCCCACCUGUCCUCGUCUCUUCAGGGUCUGUGGACAAUCCGAGCCUUCAGAGCUGAGGAGAGAUUAAAGAAAGCCUUUGAUGCCCACCAGGACCAGCAUUCAGAGGCUUGGUUUCUGUUCCUGAUGACCUCCCGCUGGUUUGCACUUCGCCUCGACAGCAUUUGCUCCAUAUUCAUCACUUUGACAACGUUUGGUUGCAUCAUAUGCAGAGAUGGUCUGGAGGCUGGACAGGUGGGCCUGGUGCUGACCUACGCUGUGACCCUGGUGGGAAACUUCCAGUGGAUGGUGAGACAGAGUGCUGAGGUGGAGAACAUGAUGACGUCGGUUGAGAGGGUGGUGGAGUAUGCAGAGCUGGAGAGUGAGGCACCCUGGGAAACUAAGAAGCGUCCUCCCCCUGAUUGGCCGAGCCAAGGAAUGGUGACCUUUAACCGUGUCAACUUCUCUUACACCACAGAUGGUCCACUGGUCCUCAAAGACAUCAGCGCCAGGUUUCAACCCUGCGAGAAGGUUGGUAUCGUUGGGAGAACUGGUGCUGGGAAAAGCUCCCUAAUCUCAACUCUGUUCCGCCUGGCAGAACCUCAGGGAGAAAUCUACAUCGACGGCGUUUUGACUUCUGAGAUCGGCCUCCAUGAUUUGCGCCAAAAGAUGUCCAUCAUUCCUCAGGACCCAGUGCUGUUUACUGACUCUGUGAGGAAGAACCUGGACCCUUUCAACCAGCACACUGAUGACGACCUGUGGAGAGUUCUGGAAGAAGUGCAGCUGAAGUCUGUGGUGGAGGAGCUGCCUGGAAAGCUGGAGACGGUUCUGGCUGAGUCCGGAUCCAACUUCAGCGUGGGUCAGAGGCAGCUGGUGUGUCUGGCCAGAGCCAUCCUGAGGAAGAACCGCCUCCUCAUCAUCGACGAGGCCACAGCCAACGUGGACCCCAGGACGGACGAGCUGAUCCAGAAAACCAUCCGGGACAAGUUCAGGGAAUGCACCGUGUUCACCAUCGCUCAUCGCCUCAACACCAUCAUAGACAGUGACCGCGUACUGGUGUUGGACAGCGGUGUCAUCCAGGAAUUAGACCGACCCUUCAUCCUGCUGCAGAACAAAGACGGGGCUUUCUACAAGAUGGUGCAACAGAUGGGCCAGGCGGAGGCUGCAGCUCUGAUGGAGGCAGCCAGACAGGCGGCUCAGAAAGCCUAGCAGACCUGAAAGUCUGAGGCCACUGGAGCAGUAAAACAAUAAAAUUUAAGGAACGGACCUUAAUGGUGCUAUAAAUAGAUAACAUGGAAGUAUUACUUAAAUAGGAAGAAAGUAUGAUGCACUGUGCUGUAAAAACCUGAGAUGAAACCUCAGAAAUCCACAGCAGAGCUGCACAAAGCUUUCAAACCAAACUCCUCAAGAAAACCAGUUCAGAUUAACUGGUUUAAGUUCUCUUUAUGCAAAGCUUUUUUAGCCAAAGAACUUUAUUUAUUUAUGUAAUGGAAGACUGAGUUUGUCCUGUUUGAAGCGCACACCAGGACCUGAUAAGUGCUAGCACGAACAGCUGUAAUCUUCAUCUACUCGGCUAGAUGUCUGCUCAUCCUGCACACUGAAAUAUUUAUGUUGUUGUGUUUUUACUGUUAUUUUAUGUCUAAUUCUUGUCUUUCUGUUUAGGAAAAAAAAUAUUGUUUUGGUCAGAUGAAAACUAGAUUUUUAAAACGGUGUUUGUCCGACUAAAAUCUUUAGAAAUCAAAGCCGGACUAACACACAAGAUUCUGUGUUUGAAGGUUGAAUCACUCCUACAUGUACAUAGACUCAAAUGGAUCCAAACAUUCUGCACAAUGUCUACAUUUUUACCUUUUUUUUUUUUUUUGUUAAACUGGAAAUUUUAUAUUGGUAAAGCUGAGUUUCCAUUAAAGCUGCUCUCAUUCC